AAUUUGGGUUGUGUGAAAACUUCUUUGGGUCUCAUAAACAACCACAGAACCACAAGCCGGGUAGCCUGGCAGUGUCAGAAGUCUAAACGCGGCACAGUGGUCAGCAGGCAGGGCGAAUCACACUGAAUGCAAACCACAGACUCUCAGAGCGGUAAAAGAAACCAUUGAAUCCCCCCACCUUCAGAAGAGGUGCGUUUUCGAAAGGAAACCAUGGCUUCAGACAGCAUUUUUGAGUCAUUUCCUUCAUACCCACAGUGCUUCGUGAGAGAUGCCAGCACAAGCCGCCGCUUCACGCCGCCUUCCACCGCGCUGAGCCCCGGCAAGAUGAGCGAGGCGCUGACGCUGGGCGCCCCGGACGCCGGCGCCGCCCUGGCCAGCAAGCUGAGGAGCGGCGACCGCAGCAUGGUGGAGGUACUAGCUGACCACCCCGGAGAGCUGGUGCGCACCGACAGCCCCAACUUCCUCUGCUCCGUGCUGCCCACUCACUGGCGCUGCAACAAGACCCUGCCUAUCGCUUUCAAGGUGGUGGCGCUGGGGGACGUUCCGGAUGGCACUCUGGUCACCGUCAUGGCGGGCAACGACGAAAACUACUCGGCAGAGCUGAGAAACGCGACAGCGGCCAUGAAGAACCAAGUCGCAAGAUUCAAUGACCUCAGGUUUGUCGGUCGGAGCGGCAGAGGCAAGAGCUUCACUCUGACCAUCACCGUCUUUACCAACCCCCCACAAGUCGCCACCUACCACAGAGCCAUCAAAAUCACAGUGGACGGCCCGCGAGAACCCCGAAGACAUCGGCAGAAACUAGAUGAAACCAAGCCGGGGAGCUUGUCCUUUUCCGAGCGGCUCAGUGAACUGGAGCAGCUGCGGCGCACGGCCAUGAGGGUCAGCCCGCACCACCCAGCCCCCACGCCCAACCCUCGGGCCUCCUUGAAUCACUCCACUGCCUUUAACCCUCAGCCUCAAAGUCAGAUGCAGGACGCGAGGCAGAUCCAGCCGUCCCCGCCAUGGUCCUAUGAUCAGUCUUACCAGUACCUGGGGUCCAUCACCACCUCUUCUGUCCACCCGGCGACACCCAUUUCGCCUGGACGUGCCAGCGGGAUGACGAGCCUCUCUGCAGAACUUUCCAGUCGACUUUCAACGGCCCCGGACCUGACCGCCUUCGGCGACCCGCGCCAGUUCCCCACGCUGCCGUCCAUCUCCGACCCGCGCAUGCACUACCCCGGCGCCUUCACCUACUCUCCGCCCGUCACGUCGGGCAUCGGCAUCGGCAUGUCGGCCAUGAGCUCGGCCUCUCGCUACCACACCUACCUGCCGCCGCCCUACCCCGGCUCCUCGCAGGCACAGGCCGGGCCCUUCCAGACCAGCUCGCCCUCCUACCACCUGUACUACGGCGCCUCCGCCGGCUCCUACCAGUUCUCCAUGGUGGGCGGCGAGCGAUCGCCCCCGCGCAUCCUGCCGCCCUGCACCAACGCAUCCACCGGCGCCGCGCUGCUCAACCCCAGCCUCCCCAGCCAGAGCGACGUGGUGGAGACCGAGGGCAGCCACAGCAACUCGCCCACCAACAUGCCGCCCGCGCGCCUGGAGGAGGCGGUGUGGCGGCCCUACUGAGCGCCCGCCCAGGAGGGACUGAGCCCGGCUGCACCUGCCGUCCAUGCACAGACCCCCGCCAGGAGGGCCCUCGGAGGCCAACAGGAAGAUUCCCGGAGGGAAACUGUGAAUGCUUCUGAUUUAGCAAUGCUGUGAAUAAAAGAAAGAUUUUAUACCCUUGACUUCACUUUUUAACCAAGUUGUUUAUUCCAAAGAGUGUGGGAUUUUCAUUUUAUUUUUAUUUUUUUUUUAAUUUUUUAUUUUUUGGUUCGGGGCGAGGAAGACGUAGCUCAUCCUGUUUGGCAUCUAUUUCUUAUGUCGGACUUUUCUUUUCCACACCUUAUCAAUUGCAACAAAAACAAAAAAAUGUGUGUUUGCAUCUGGGUGGUCGUUAUUUUUAAAUAUGUAUAGAUUUGAGCUUGCUUCUUUCUGCCUUUGACCAACUGAAAGAAAUACGAUUCCCUUCUCUGUACGUUUUAUUUAACUUUUGAACUUUUCCUGUAGCUGGGAUUUUUGUUUUUUUUGUUUUUUUUUUUUUUUUUUUUUUUUUUUAAGAGACAGCUACAGCUUUGGGUCAUUUUUUAACUACUGUAUUUCCACAAAGAAAUCCCUAGAUAUUUAUGUAUCUUGAUGUUUGAACAUUUACGUAUGUGUUGAUACUUUUUUAAUUAUUUAAAUGUACUUAUAUUAAGAAAAAAUAUCAAGUACUACAUUUUUCUUUAUAAUAGCCAAAGUUAAAUGUUAUUGCAUUGAAGAUGGCUGGAAAAAAAAAAUGGAUGGGUUAUGUGAUUGCUUAGUUACCUAGAGAUAUUGUUUACAUUAAACUCCCUUUUAUGUUAUUCAAACAAGUCGGUAGCUAAUGCAGCCAUGUUUUCAAUUGGAUUUUAGACACUGAGGGUCACUCCAAGGAUGAGAAGUACAAAAUUUUCUGCCAGGCUCAACAAAGGGCCUCAUACCUGGCUCCUUCCCUUCCAAAAGAAAGGUAAAACUGCCCUCCAAAGGGUUCAGAGAGGUGCCAAUGAAUAUAGCUCUGAAGAAGAUUUUAUUUCGGCCCAGAGGUAUGCUUGCCCCCAGGCCUUCUGAUUCAGGCAACUUUAUAACAGGACUCACUGAGGUAAGCUGUUGGGCCCCAAAUGAGUGAAUGUGAUCUUUUAAUUUCCUCCCAUUAAUAGUUUCUGUUCAUCGAUGAAAACCAAAACUCGUGGCUAUACCCCCAAAGAUCCAAAUAGAAGGGGUAACACCAGGUGCCUUUGAGGCCCGGUGGCUGAGAGAGUGUACCCCCAAAGCCUGAAGGAACCAGUUUCCCUCUGCCUACCUUAGUAGGAUUGGUUGUGAGAGAUGAUACCCUGUCAACCCUUGCAGGACGUUGACCGGAAGCCGCUCACUCACCAGCCGCAUCUCUGGGCUGCUUCCACCAGCCCAGGCCGAGCCCCCAACCUUUGGGGUGCGAGCACUUUAUCAGUGCACCGGCAUGCUAAGCGUCACGUCUCUGCAGUCCAUGCUACGGUUCACAUGUAAAUCACAGUCACUGUAACUGUAAUGGCACUGUCGUCAAUAGUGGAGGGCUUGGUCAAAAUUCAGUUGUUCUGCAACUUAGAAAUCCUAACUGCUGAUUUUGACGAGUGUGUGCUCAAAAUGAUCUGGCUGUUCUUAAUGUACCUCUUAAAUUAGUUGAAAUGAUGUCAGGUCAAUUCUGAAGAGAGUUUGAAAGCAGGACUUCAGAACAGUGUUGGAUUUUUUAUUAUUAUUAUUUUAUAAAUUUAAGCAUUCAGAUUAGAUCUUUGGCUGCAGGCAGCAAAAACAGCUGGACUUAUUUAAAAAAAUACAACUUGUUUUUGAGUUAUCUAUAUCUAUAUCUAUAUAUAUAUAUUGAUUCUUUGUUUUACACAGAGCAGCAGCACUUUGGGAAGAGGUCAGCCUGUGCUAUCAGGCUGUUCCUAUCUGGAGAAGAGCUCCAGGGGAUCUCGGAGAAACCCGGCUAGAUUUUCAUAACGGACAUAACUUCCUCCACCACUCAGCUUCACUAGUUAUUCCACAGUACAUUGUACAGCUAUGCUUCCUCAAUUGUCAUAAAAAUAAAGUUUUAAUUUCUGAAAAGGACCAUUAGUUUACUUCUCCAAAAGUAGAUGUUCUUUUUAGCAUAGGUUGCCAUAUCUGGCCUAAGAAAAUGACAAAGGAAGGAGAUUUAUAUUUUUUAAUAUUAAUUCUGAUACCUGGAGGCACUCUAGCCCUAUGAGAAGAACCAGAUAAUCCCACACUUCAAAUCUUUGCCCUGGAGACCAUGCAUCACGACUUGUCACUUUUGUUGUGGAUGGCCUGGUUAGCCGUCCAGUGCUUCCUAAUGCUCACCAGCAUUCACAGUAUUUACUCAUUUCAGAAAAGAAAAAAAAAAUCAAUCAGGCACUCAUUGUCUUGGAGAUAUAUUUUUCUCCUGAGAAAUUAUAUUCACUGACUUCAGGUGCCUCAAGGUGACUUCAUUCACUGUCUUCAGGUAAGACCCAUAAGCCAAUCUUGAGCUAAGUGGAGCUGUUUGGGGUACUGGUCCAGGGAAAGAAAACUGGAAUAAGCCGUUUCUACUGCUCAUUCAAGCCCCUAUUUAUGAUUUUAACACACAUUUUGGCUCCUUCUGCUUUUCUCACCUUCUGUGUCCUCCAAUCUCUCUUCUCUUUUCUUCUCCCUUCUCCAAACUCCACCUUCUCCCUCCUGCAUACUUUCUAGGAGGCAUAUCUCUCUGACUCUGUCUCUGUCUGUCUCUCUCUCUCUCACACACACACACACACACCCUACCCCAUACCAAGUGUCCAGAACACAGAUGGUCCAGUUCCAGUUCUCCGUUUGCAUAAAGAAGCGGGCGAGUCAGCCAUUCUCUUGCUCAUGAGUUUCUUCCAGCAGAACAGAGGCACUUUUCCGAUCUGCAUGCUGUUCAGAUCCGGCAGCAGAAUCCUCGGAAAGCCACCGUCCAUGGCUGAGCAGCUGCACCGGGGCCCAAGUGCCCUGUGUACCAGACAGAUGCUCAGAUUGGCAAGGGAUAAACGGUUUCCCUCAACGGCCUGCAGUCGAUGACUGCAGAUUUCUUUCUUGAAAUACCUUUUUCCCUGGGACACUCAGUCCUAGGGUUUUUCUGGUUUUGAUAGGGUUUUUUUGGUUCUUUUAAUUUUGUUUGUGGGGGGAGGCAUGCGAUGUUUAGGGUCUUUUAUACAUGAAAAUAAAUGGCUUGACAACAAUUUCAGAAUAUAUUUUUUUCCACAUCUGAACAAGAUGCCUUUUGUUUACGGUAUACAUUUAUUGGGGGAUUUCGGUCUGUUGGUUGGUUACUUGUUGGUUGGUUAGUUGGUUACUGGUUGGUUGGUUGGUUCCUUGUUGGGAUGCCUUCUUUUUUUCUGCCAGGUCAGUAUUGGCAAAGCUGAUCAUUUGUCUUUUUUUUUUUUUUUUUAAAUCCUUCAGAAGAAAUUGUAUCAAUAAACUCAAUUGUAUUUAUGUAUGUAAAUAGAUUUCAAGCUUCAUUAUAAAAUAUUGUUAAUGCCUGUAAUAACUUUUUUCACUUUUUGUGUGCGUUUCUAAGGACUUUUUCUUAUGUUCGCUAAAUAUUGUAGAAGAAAAAUGCUUCUCUCCACUUGUUUAUUUUAGACUUAAAAGAACAAGCAACUUCUUAUUCACUUUUAUAAACAGCUAAUAAACAGCAUGGUUCCAAUUUUUUUUUUAAGUUCACUUUAUGUUCUAGGAGGAAUGAAUGUGCAAAAAAAGAAAGAAAAAGAAAAAUCUCCAAAUGAACUGUUGGAUGUUUCUGUUACCCUGGAUGUACAAAGAACAAUGGGGGAAAAAAUAAAUAAAUAAAUAAACUUCCUAAUUGAAAUGACA